UUGCUGUCUGUGGUGUGCUGUGCUGUGCUGUGCUGUGCUGUGCUGUGCUGUGGAGGAGAAGACUCAGAUAGCUUUUGAGCUGGUCUUGGUGGAAGGAGAAGGAAAAGGGGGAAAGUGUGACGGGAGGGGAGAGGAGAGGCCAGGAGAGCGGAGUCUUCAGUGGACGGAGAGGUUUUAGCCGCUGCAGUUUGUUUGGCGGUUCGGGCGGAAGCGAAACUGACGGAGAAGGAGGCAACGGGGCUGAACGGCUGAAGCGCGGAGAUCCCGCUGUGGUUAAAGGAAAAAUGGUAGAAGAGGAGAACCAUUACGGAAAGCAUGGUGAGCCCAGGAAAUAUGACCCCAACUUCAAAGGACCCAUUCAAAACAGAGGCUGCACAGACAUUAUCUGCUGCAUCCUUUUCAUCAUAGCCAUAGUGGGCUAUGUUGCCGUGGGAAUACUAGCAUGGUCUCAGGGUGACCCCAGGAAGGUGAUCUAUCCCACAAGCAGCAGAGGGGAGUUCUGUGGGCAAGUUGGAACUCCUCUGGAAAAUAAACCCUUCUUGUUCUACUUCAACAUCCUGAAAUGUGCCAAUCCAGUAGUCCUCGUGCAGUUUCAGUGUCCUACCACCCAGCUAUGUGUGGAGAAGUGUCCUGAUCGCUCCAUGAGCCUAUUAAGUGUCAGAAAUAAUGAAAAGGACUGGGCGUACUACAAGACGUUCUGUAAAGAAGAUGUGAAGACCCAGACAGUCCAGGAAAUCCUGAAAAACCAACUUUGUCCUGCAGUGCUCAUCGCUAGCAAACCAUUCACUCGUAGGUGUUUCCCAGCUCUGGGCCUGAAGGGGAAUGAGAUCACUGUAGGAAAUCAGACCACGUUUGAUGAUGGCGUAAACCAAAACAGGAAGGCCAGUGACCUCUUGCCUGCAGUAAAGAAUGCCACAAUAGUAAUUGAGACUCGUAUGGUGGUCAUGAAGAUCUUUGAGGAUUACACACAGUCAUGGUAUUGGAUUGUCAUCGGUCUUGUAAUAGCGACUGUCCUGAGUCUGAUCUUCAUCGUGCUGCUGAGGUUCCUGGCUGGCAUUAUGGUCUGGAUCAUGAUUAUCCUGGUUGUCCUUGUCAUCGGAUACGGUAUCAUCCACUGCAGUAUAGAGUAUGUUCAUCUGAAGAAUGCACCUGGUGCAAACAUCACCCUCAGGGAGCUGGGCUUCCAGAUGGACUUGAGCGUGUACCUUCACAUCAGACAGACCUGGCUGGCCUUCAUAAUCAUUCUGGCCAUAGUGGAGUUGGUGAUCAUCCUGCUGCUCAUCUUCCUCAGAAACAGGAUCAGAAUCGCCAUUGCUCUCAUCAAAGAGGCAAGCAGGGCCAUUGGUCAUGUGAUGUCAUCCCUGUUUUAUCCCCUGUUUACCUUCGCUCUCCUGGCUGUCGUCAUUGCGUACUGGACCAUCACAGCGGUCUUCCUCUCCACUUCUAAUGAACCUGUGUACAGAGUGUUCAACGAGGGCAGCAAGGCGUGCUUUCAUUCAAACACCACCUGCCACCCUGAGAACUACACGGACUCGGACAUGAAAAAAGACUGCCCAGAGUCCCAGUGCCUUUUCGCUUUCUAUGGUGGAGAAUCGCAUUACCACAAGUACCUAAUCUUCCUUCAGUUCUACAAUGUCUUCCUCUUCUUCUGGUGUGCCAACUUUGUGACUGCCUUGGGCCAAAUGACCCUUGCAGGAGCCUUUGCUUCAUACUACUGGGCUUUCAACAAGCCUGACGAUAUCCCAGCCUGCCCAGUCUUUGCUUCUCUUGGGAGAGCUCUCAGGUAUCACACAGGUACUCUUGCAUUUGGCUCUCUCAUCUUGUCAAUCAUCCAAGUGAUCAGGGUUUUGCUGGAGUACCUGGACCACAAACUCAAAGGAGCAGAAAACAAAUUUGCCAAGUUCCUGCUCUGCUGCCUUAAGUGCUGCUUCUGGUGCCUGGAGAAGUUCAUCAAGUUUCUCAACAGGAAUGCUUACAUCAUGUGCGCUAUUUAUGGUAAAAACUUCUGCACUUCUGCCCGAGAUGCCUUCUUCCUGUUGAUGAGAAAUGUGAUCAGGGUGGCUGUCCUGGAUAAGGUUACAGACUUCUUGCUGUUCUUAGGAAAACUCCUUGUUGUGGGGAUUGUGGGAGUAAUGUCCUUCUUCUUCUUCUCUGGGACAGCAAAAGGGGUGGAUGUUGCGCCCAAUCUGCACUACUACUGGGUGCCCAUUCUGACUAUUGUGGUGGGCUCUUACCUUAUCGCGCACGGCUUCUUCAGUGUGUAUGCCAUGUGUGUGGACACGCUUUUCCUCUGCUUCUGCGAGGACUUGGAGCGCAACGACGGCUCUGCAGCCCGGCCGUUUUACAUGUCCACCACGCUGCGCGAUAUUCUUUCCAAGAGCACGGAGGAGCCCAUGACCCGCUCUCCAUCUUCACCUCAGGACGAGGAGAUCCCGCUGAAAAUGCAAAAGGACUCCAGGGAAUGAGGCUGGAACACAUUAGCGUUAAGCAGGUGAAGACCUGGAGCGGAAUGAUGGCAGCGCGGAGAGGCGUUACCUGAUGCCAGAUUCUCUGCUCAAAAUCCUUAACAAGAACAAUCAGCCCAAAAAGUAGCGGAGAGAGAGAAUGGGAGAGCCCCCGUGUGGUCAGAUGUGGACCAUGAAACUCCAAAGCCAAAGUAAAGGAGCACAGUUAAGGCCUUAAACUAAAAAUGAGUGGGAACGUGCCUGGAGGAGAGGUGACGAAUGAAAAAUCUCUUGGUCUGUAAUUAAAAGACGUGCAAAAACAAGUUUCUGCUGUCAUAAUAACCGAAAUAGGUCAAAAAGGACCAAAAAGGAGUGCUCGACCCACAAAACGACUAUAAAAAGGUCUUGCUUAUAAAAAGGUCUUGCUUAAACUGCCUGACAAAACAUUGGCAAAAUCUCAUUCAGCCUCAUGAAAGAUAGCCGCACUCAAUUAACAGCGACGUUGUUCAUCUCAGUAGGUUAGCGUUUUAAACUGGAAACUCCAAUGUUCUGUAGUGAGUCUAAGCAGCAACUUCACUACCUCUUGCUGAAAGGAAUUUCUUGCUAGUGUUCUGUAAAGCUUAACCAGCCUCGCAACCGUUGCACAUUUGUGGGAGGAGCAUCCUGAUGAGUUGGACUUGUUGAAAGUAUUACUGUCGGUCACUGUAAUGAAGACCUUGUUAUUAUGAACUGAACAUUUGUUACUGAUGUUUUUCCGAUCAGAAAUUCUGAGCAGGCUGAUUUGGCACCCCUGCUUGAGGCACGUUCCUGCGCACUCUUCCACAAAGCCUGAUAUUAGCACAGCACAUUCUAUGCAAACAAUUUUAUAAACAGUUAAACAUUUAAGGAGCUCAGUGGUCUCAGUGAAUGUACCCAGGACACAGCUUGUCCUGAAAGACUUCUCGUUCAGUUGUUUAAUCUUGUUUUUUUGGUGUUUUUAAUGAGUGCCUUAUCAAACAGACUUUAUCCUUUUGUGUUGCAAGUUUUUUUUUUUUUUUUUUUUUUUUUUUUUUUUUUUUUUUUUUUUGUGCAAGUAUAUUGUUUUAAUAUAAAGAUUGAAGCUUUUGACUUAUCCAUCUUGCUUGACUUACUACAUAUUGUUUUGUAUGUUUUUACAUAUUCAGCCAAAAGAAUUCUACUUAUAGAUCUUGGAUUUUCAAAAGAAUCACUUCUGCCAUUUGACUUUUGCCAAAUUUUUUUCUGUAUGUUAUUUGUAUAAUAAAGAUGUCAUUUGAUGGUCACAUCGUCUCACUAAUUCCAUUUUUAUCUCGCAAGGAAAGUAAAGAUUAAAGGACUCCGAAUACAGACA